UGGGGAGGCGAAGCGCUCCCGCUCCUCCCCGGCGCUCCCCCCCACCCCCUCCCGGUCCUCGCCCGGCCGGGAGCGCCGGUGAUAGGACGAGCACCGGGCGUGCAUUGUGUGUAUGCAAACCAGAGCCCCGGCUCCCCCUGCCUGCCUGACCCCGGCCCGGGCUGCGGCCGUGACUGGCCCUGUCGUGGGCGCCGCCGCCCUUGCCGCCGCCGGGCGCUGUCAUGCCCCAGCCGCGCAGCAGGCGGCCCCGUCCUUGAGCCGCUCCGUACGCGCGGGCAAGGGGGCACGCGGAGGGGCUGAAGAUGAAGGUGCCCGCGCAUGGGCCCCCGCUGAUUGCCAGCCCCUCCCGAGCCCGCGCCCCGCGCGGAGCCCGAGGCCGCCGAGGACCCGCCUUCGCCGCAGUAGCAGCUGGAGCAGCGACAGAGGCGGCGGCGGCGGCGGCGGGGCCCCUCUUGCCAGCGCGUAGCGAGGCGGCGGCAGCUCGGGGGCCGCCGCUGCCCCGGCUGCCAUGAGUUGUGCGGAGGUGAUGUAUCACCCCCAGCCGUAUGGAGCGUCCCAGUAUCUGCCCAACCCUGUGGCAGCUGCAACCUGCCCCACAGCCUACUACCAUCCGGCGCCCCAACCUGGCCAGCAGAAGAAGUUAGCGGUAUACAGCAAGAUGCAGGACUCUCUGGAAGUCACCCUUCCCAGCAAACAAGAGGAGGAGGAGGAGGAGGAGGAGGAGGAGGAGGAGGAGGAGAAAGACCAGCCUGCCGAGAUGGAGUACCUUAACUCUCGCUGUGUCCUUUUCACUUAUUUCCAGGGAGACAUUGGGUCAGUAGUGGAUGAACACUUCUCAAGAGCUUUGGGCCAAGUCAGCACCCUCCAUCCAGAAUCUACCAUUUCAAAAAGCAAGAUGGGGCUAACCCCCCUAUGGCGAGACAGCUCAGCUCUCUCAAGCCAGCGGAGUAGUUUCCCAACUUCCUUUUGGACCAGCUCUUACCAGCCCCCACCUGCACCCUGUUUGGGGGGAGUUCAUCCUGACUUUCAGGUCACUGCACCCCCUGGCACCUUUUCUGCAGCUGACCCCAGCCCCUGGCCAGGACACGGCCUGCGUCAGACUGGCCCUGCCCCUCCCCCUCCCGCGUCCGAGUCCUGGCACUAUCCUUUGGCAUCUCAGGUGAGCCCAUCCUACAGCCACAUGCAUGAUGUGUACAUGCGACACCACCACCCCCAUGCACACGUGCACCAUCGCCACCACCACCACCACCACCACCCGCCUGCUGGUUCUGCCCUGGAUCCGUCCUAUGGGCCCCUGCUGAUGCCAUCAGUGUGCACGGCCAGGAUUCCUGCUCCCCAGUGUGACAUCACAAAGACAGACCCGACUACAGUCACCACUGCUACCUCAGCAUGGGCCGGAGCCUUUCAUGGAACAGUGGACAUAGUGCCAAGUGUGGGGUUUGAUACAGGUCUACAGCAUCAAGACAAGAGCAAGGAAUCACCAUGGUACUGAAAUACCCAGUAUUAGCGAAUCAGGUUGCAGCAUGAGUCCAAGGGCCCACUGGGAAAAGAUGCUGUCAGGAUUUUCCACUCUGCAAUGGGUCACAGGACAUGACAGAUAUGGAAGAAGAGGAAGUAUCAGGCAGUAAACUUUGGUUUUGAGCCUUUUCUUGAGAAAGCAAAGUGCGUUCUGGACAUUGAAGAAAAGCAGUUUUGUUUGGUUUUUCCCUCAUCUGAGCCUUUGCCAGCUGUGCAACUCUUUCUGUUUUCUUGCUUUUAUCAAUAUAUGGUUUUUGUUUCAUUUUGAUUUUUCUUUUAAACCAACCACCUUGUCAGGAAAUGAUGAACUACAGAUUAAAAUGCUCUUUCUUUCAGGAAUACAGUUUUGUAGCUCUAUGUGCAUCUAUUUUUAUAGAAAUACAGAAUGUUUGGUUUAGCAUUGAUGGGCUAUAUUUGAGGGAUGUAUUUUUUUUUAAUAUUGUAAAAAUUGUUGAGUUCUGUUUAAAGAACUUGCUCUCAGAGAAGCACUGGCAAAAAUGUUUAAAAUGCUUAUCUUUAAGAUGUCUGUGAUAUUAUCUGUCUGUGCUUUCUAGGUUACCUCAAGUGUUUGAUAUUUUCUUCUUUUUACAAAAGUAGAUAUAUGCCAUAGCCAAACCAAUGCAGUAUUGUUUUCAUGUUGAAUCUCAGUAAAGAUUUAAUUCCAUGGUAGCUCAAUUAAUUUUGAAUUACAUGUAUAGCUUGAAAAGUUUUUUUAAUGGCCACACUAAAGAAAGAAUAUUUUAUUACUUUGAUUUUUCCCAAAGAGUAAGGUGGAAAUUGACUAAGAAGAAAUUUUCAUAAAUUUUCAAUCAGAUGGAGAGUUUGACUAGAAUAUAAUAAUUUUCUUCUUCAUCUGUCCAACUUUAACAAAUGAAACCAGAGGUUAUAUAUGACUACUGUGGUUAAAUUUAACCACACUACCUAUGAGUGCCAGUGACUUAUUUUUCUUGUUUCUAAUUUUUCAUUCAUGGCAAUUUAAAAAGUCAUAUUGUAAGUGGAUUUUUUUUUCCUUGAGAGAGUUUGGAGGAAGGUACUAGAUCCAUAAUAAAGUUCUGGUUGUUUCUGAUAAUGUCACCCAUCAUUAUAAACUGAAAAAUAAUAUAUUCUAUACAUAGUAUUCUAACCAUAGGAUUUUGCAAGUCUUUAUUUUUUUGGUUUAAAUCCUGUUUUAUCUGAUAUAAUUCUUUUUAAGAAAAAAUUUUAGGGCAAAGUGAAAUUUAUAUUUGGAUUUAAAUGUAUGCUACAAUUAUUGAAAUGGGGUUAAAAAUUGAAAAUUUGAGGAUUCAACUUGACAUGGCCCUCAGGAUCUAAAUAAAGUGAAGUUGGAAUUAUCAUGAAGCCACUGAUAGGAAAAGAGUAGGAUUAUGAAAAUAGCAGUUACUGAAAAUUUAAGGACUUUAAAGGCAAGGUCCAUUACUUCCUCCAGCUGCUUCCAGAGAUAAGUGAUGUAAAAUGUUGAUGUAAUAUAGACGUUUUCUUAGAUAAAGAGUUUCUCACAUUCUCCCAUUUUUCUCCCCACCCACAUGAAAUAGCAUGUUCAGUGAAAUGCCACUUUCCAUUUUUAAUUGUGUAUAUUAUGUUUGUGAACAUUUUAGACACAAACAACACAACAUGCUUAGCUAAGCAGAGUUUUCACAGAUAAUUUUCAAAUAUUUCCCUUGGCUAUAUUUUAUGCAUGAAUUUUCUUUCCUUGUGCAUCAUGUGAAUUAUAAACCUAUACACUUCCUUGUAUUCUUAUUACUUUGUACUUUGCUUCUUAACUAGACUCUCUGUAACACAGUGUGCACAUUUUUACUAAUGUAGGGUCUGAAAUUAAGGAAUCUUCCACUCACUAAUAAUAUAAACUUAAAUUUCUAGGGAUUGGCCUGGUUAAAUUGUCUUCAAUUUGAUUUGAUACAAUUGUUUUAUCUGUAAUUUUCCCAAAUAUGUGGAGCACAGAGUUUAAUGAUUCUAUAAAAUUUGUUUUGUCUUGUGUCCUCCUGAGUUUUCAACUACAAGUAUUCAGCAGUUCCUAUGCAGUGACUCACUGAGAUUUAUUUAUUUGACUCAUCUUCCCUUGGAACCUACUAACUUUCUUUGCAGUUUAUUUCAGAACAGUUUCAUACUAGAACGCAUUCAGGUCAUUCAAUUGGCUUUUCCCAAUUAAGAAGAGAAGUAAAGUAUUUACUUCUUGCUCCUUUUUUUUAUUCUCCACUGAAUUAAAUUGAAGACAGAGAGCAGAUAAUUAUUAGAUGGCUUCACCCUGAAUUUAGACUUUGCUCUGUGACCCUCCUGCUAACAGAUAAAACAUUUUUUGGCUCUGGGAACCCAAGAAAGGUUGGGAACCUGCAUUCUGAUGUACAUGGAAAAGAUUUGUAAAUGAGCUCUCCCUUUUGAAACAGGACCCAGGUAUUGUUGGCACAGUGACACACCAAAAGUGUAUAUCAAAAUAUAAGCAGAAAGAGAAUGAGGACAUCUCUAUAAUUGUCUGGCAUCCUCUUGCUGUGACCAUAUUACCAUUACCACCAGAAGCUAUAAAAGAAAAUAGUUUAUAAUUUAGCAUCAUAUUCUGAAUUCAAAGUCUAAAAUGCUAUCACUCUCUGAAUCUGGUUUUCUCACAUCAAAAUGAUGCUGUUGUAUUUAAAGGAUUCCAAACUGCUUUAUUGGAGGCUACCACCUGCCUCCCCAGUUUUAUUCAAAACCACUCUAUCUUUGACUAUUUUAUGAGUUAAACUUCAUUUAGUUUUCUAAAGACCUGUGAAGUAGACCCUACAAAAUCAUUUCAUUUACUCUAAAUCUAAACUGUGCUUCUGUCAUUGAACUAUCAGAAGCUGAGGAAUAACGUGAUGUUGACAAGUUAGGAUCCAAACAGGUUAUUUGGUCCUUCACUGUUAAUUUGAAAAGAGCCUCUACACUUUCUAGGAACAAGUGUAUAUUCUUAAGGCUAACCAUCCUCUCUUAUCUCCCCCUCUAACUUUUCUUCUUUCUCUUCCUGUUAAGAUUAUUUAUAUUUUUAUGUUAAGCAAAAAUGGCCAAGAUUGCUCUAAAAUUCAGAAAACAAGAACUAGUGGGUUGCAAGUAAUUGAGAAAUUAAUUUUUUUUAAUUUAUAACACUUUAAAAAAAUUCUAGGCACCAUAUACAAAUACCCUUGAGGAGCUUGUUAUUCUUUAUGCAAAUAGUACUUGUCCAUUCCUCUUCUAAGACUUGAAGAAUAUGUGGCAAAAUCUAGCUUUUGAAUUUAUUGUCUGGUUUAAUGUUGUAUUUGUAACUUAAAGUGGUGAUCAGAAACUAUAUUUCAAGAAACUGCAUUCUAUCCCUUACUGAAUAUCCCUUUGUUAAGCAGAAUUCGCUGAAUUAAGCCAAUGAGUGACAGAAAAAGGAAAGUACGUACGUAUGUCAGAGAUUUGACUAGGGGAUUAAUAGAGAAGCAGAAUGAAUUAGUUGAAAAGAGGUUGGAUAUUAAGCCAUUGUCUAAAUUCUGGUUUAACCACAAUUUAAUGUGUAAUUUUGGGUUUCAUUUAUUUAUCUCAUGAACAAAGUGGAAUAAUGCCUAACCAGCCAGCUGUUAAAGUUGGAAAAUUAUAUAUAUAUAUUGAUUACAUAUAUAUAAUCAAUUGUCUGGUUCAUAUUAGAUGUCCAAUAAAUAACAGCCACCAGAAAUGUCUAUUAGUUGAGUAAGUAGGUCAUUAAAAUUGAGCUCCCAAACAUCUCUUCUCUUCUCUUUACAUAUCCAUUUCUGCAGCAACCAAGUAGAUAUAUGACUGCUUUUCUGUAAGAAAUUAUUGCAAAGAGAGUAUUUUCCUCCUACUAGGUGUGGGAGAUAAAAUGUUAAUUUCUUUAUUCGCUCUGACUUUUUAACAUGCCAUUUCUAAAAGAAAAUAAAUUAACCGUGGUGUGUAGGUCCAACUCUGAGUUUUCUUACACAUUGCAAAAUUUUAUUUAUCCAGGGCCCUGUGGAUUACUGUCUCCAAAAUUAUGGGGAUAGUGUCAUUAAUCCACCAACAUUUACAUUUUUCAGUUAUAUUUUGGGUUUCCUUGUCACCUGGAAUAAGAAUAUUCUUUUGAAGUUAUCCAAUUUUUUUUUUUUUACUUGCCUUGGAGGAAAAGUUGCAAAAUAUGGUGGAAAAAAAUCUUCUGCAUGAAAAUGGGGGAAAACAGAACUCUUUACGAUCUCAGUCAGCUUGAGAAAAAAGAAACAACUUUAUUGGAAGCAGAUGUUGACACUGUGUCAAUUAUUGAAGAUGGAAAGAGUUCACUGGAACCAUUCCAGUUACAAAGGGUAUUGAUGGCAGUUCGAAUUCCUGUGAUUGAUCACCUUCAAAACGGACAGAAGGACAGCAGAAACUCUAUAAGGUCCAAAAUGAGAUCAGCCUGCCAAUUUUAAUGUACAGGACCCUAAAAACUCAUUAUUUUUCUUUUCUCCAGGAUAAAAGAACAUCUUCCAGAAAAAGUAAGGCUUGUCUGAGAGAGAAAUUACAAUUUAUUCUCUGAAAACAUUUAAAGGUUGAAGAGAGAGCAUUUUAAAUCUAUAGCAAAUAUUAUUAAAAUGGUUUAGAAAAAUUAGAUAAAAUUUUCAUCCAAAAAUGUAUGUUGAAGACAAAUAUAUAAACUAUAAAAAAAGUUGAUGGCUCUGGUAAGUGGGGUAUGAGUGGAGUCUGCAAGGAAACCUCAUUCUCUAUAGCUUCAAAAUGUUAAUUUCCUUGGUAACUAGGAGAUUGGUCACAGAACAGUCUUUUAGAAUUUUUCAGUAGGUUUUUUUCUUCUUUUAGUGCUCUCUGGGAAUUUCAUCCUAUAGAAAUAGUCUUUUCCAACCUAUAGAGAUAGUCAUUCCUGUUAAAAUACCUUAAUUUUCUUAUUUUUUUAUUGUCCAUUGUGCUUUUCUUGGUUUGAAAAAUAUUUUUAUAGUUUGAAAUAAUUGAUCAAACUGGUAUUCUCUUAAAAUUGUGGUCAAUUUGAUCUAAUACAUUUAUCUGAAUCUCCUUUUUAAGUUCUAAGAAAUUCUAAUAAAUUAAGUUUAAUUUACCAAUGCCAUUGUAUAAGUAAACAAAGACAUCUUCUAGAAAAGGGCAAAUCAGCUUCAAUUAAUUUCCUUUUUAACAAUUUCUGGACUAUUAAAUUUUGACUUAAGAAUAAUUCUUUUAAAAUGCAAGAUCCCUAAUUUUUUUUUGUUAUAUGCUUAAGAUGUGAACUUUUCUAAUGAUAUCACUUUAUACUAUUAGAGAUGUACAUUUUUUCUAUGCUGUGACUAGAGCAAAAGGUAAUGAUUAUUUACACACAUGAUUUAAUUUCUUAGGAUAUGUAAAAUCUUGGAUAUCAUACUUGAUUUAAAAAUACUAUUCCAUAUGUUUUGCAGGAUAUACAAUAUAGGGAAAGAUUUUCAUGUGAAUUCUUUAUAUCACUUUAAUGUGCAUAUAUUUAAAAGGAAAAUAUGGAUUCAAUUUGUCUUCAUCAUAUAAAUCUAGGUAAGGUGAAAUGCUUUUGUGAAAAAAAUACACAGUAUGGUGAACUUUAUACUUGUCACUUGAUUAGGUGAACUGCAAACUAAUAAUAGAAAUAUUAUCUUUCUGCAUUGAAAUGCAAGAAAAUUCCAGAUUUGUUAGUUCUAUGAGCAAUUAUGCUACCCUAAUUUUACAUUUCCAAAAAAAGAAAUUAACUAAUCUUAGUUAUGCUGUCAUUUUAAUUAACAAAAAAUAUGUAAUUCAGAAAACUUUUGGCUUUAUAAGAUAAUUAUAAGAUUAUGUUUUUCCAUUUUUUUGUGGGGUUGGGGAGAGACAUUUUCUUCUUUCUAUCACUCUUCAAAUGCAGGUCUCAUAACUAUGUGUUAAUGAUAUAAGAUGAUGGAAGCCUUUGUAAUAAAAACAAAUCUCAUUAUCUUCAAUUUGUUCAAUAAAUAAUUUAAUGUGAA